AUGAAAAUCACCUUUUUCUUUGCUGUGCUGUUCUUGCUUGAUCUCUUUGUUUGCUGUCAUACAUAUGACCAAUAUCCCUUGCCUGACAUAGAAGAUGCAAAGUUCAUUGAAGACUGUGUGAGAGCUCACAAUGACUUCCGAUCCAAAGUGAAUCCACCAGCCAGCAAUAUGCUUCGUAUGUCCUGGGACCCUGCUUUAGCUAAAUCUGCUAAGGCAUGGGCAAAGAGGUGCAUGUUUGAGCACAAUAUCUACCUUAAAAUACCACAGAAGAUGCACCCCACCUUUACAUCUAUUGGAGAAAACAUCUGGACUGGCACCGCCACCAUCUUUUCUGUGCACGUAGCUCUGACUGACUGGUUUAAUGAAGUCAGCAGCUACGAUUUCAACACCCGUCACUGCGCUGACAAGUGUGGUCACUACACCCAGGUUGUUUGGGCAACGAGUUACAAAGUUGGCUGUGCAGUUCACUUCUGCCAUAGAAUUCACAAUCUUCACGGAUUCAACAAUGUGGCGCAUUUUGUUUGUGACUAUGGGCCAGCGGGGAAUUACCCAACAAAACCUUAUAAAGCAGGACAACCGUGUAGUGGAUGCAGUAACGACCAGUGUGUGGGCAAUCUCUGUGUAAACGCAGAACGUGAGAAACUUAUAAGUUAUACCAACUGGUAUCCGGACUGGGACACUCUGCCUCAGCCACCGCAGCCCCGUCCCCCCCAGCCUCCAGCCCGUCGGCCUCCGGCCCGCACUCCCACAGCUGGGCAGCUGCAUUCUUCCUGUGACCACUACUGUAUUAGUGUCUUGAUUUUAAGGCCACUAUUUUUGGUACUGAGUGCUGUAGGUGUUCGUUUAGCACAGCGGUGGUUUCCACGCAUGUUUAUAUAUGUGUAA